AUGGUACAAGUGGUAGCUCCGGCCAGGAGAACUGAUCCAAUUGGGCUAUUAUGCAACCGCAAAGAGCUCUUCUCUAUGAGGGUGUCUAGGCUGCUGGGUUGCUCUUCGCCCAAAUCAAUGUGGUUUCUUUGGAACAUUUUCAGCAAAGGAUCGCAUAUGCUGCAGUGUCUUUGUGGCAAGAGUCUUAAGAAAAACAAGAACCCAACUGAUCCCCAGCUAAAGGGUAUUGUGACCAGGUUAUAUUGCAGGCAGGGAUACUACUUGCAGAUGAACCCUGAUGGAUGUCUGGAUGGGACCAAAGAUGACAGCACUAAUUCCUCUCUGUUCAACCUCAUCCCAGUGGGUCUCCGAGUCGUCGCCAUCCAGUCGGUAAAGACGGGCCUCUACAUCGCCAUGAACGGGGAGGGACACCUCUACACGUCGGAGCUCUUCACGGCUGAGUGCAAAUUCAAAGAGUCGGUGUUUGAAAACUAUUACGUCAUCUACUCAUCCCUGCUCUACCGACAGCAGGAGUCCGGCCGCGCAUGGUUCCUGGGCCUCAACAAAGAGGGCCAACCCAUGAAGGGCAACCGGGUCAAGAAGACCAAACCUGCUGCUCACUUCCUGCCUAAGCCCAUAGAAGUUGCCAUGUACCGUGAGCCGUCCCUGCACGACGUGGGCGAGGUGGUCCCGAAGGCCGGCGCCGUGCCGCCCAGCAAAAGCACAAGCGAGCCUGUGGUGAUGAACGGAGGCAAGCCCGUCAGCAAGCCCGACAAGGAGACAUAGCCCUGCCCUCCUCCUCUCCUCUCGUGGGAACACCAGGGGGCCGCUUUGCACGGGCCCCCCUCUCCUCGCAAGGACUCUCUCGCUCACUCUCUUGCCCGUGAGUGUCAGAUUCAAGGGCAAACAAAACCCCUAAAUAACCCCCCCUAAAAAAAACAAAUAAAUAAAAGAA